CACGUUCAAACACAGUAGAGUGAGAAAGAGGAAACUGGUGAGCAGCAGAACAUCAGCAGAGACAGAAAAUUACAUCAACUGCCAGUAAAAGACAGACAUGGCCAGCAAAUACACUUGCCUUGCAGAGCAAGAAGAACCUGAGAAGCCAGAACUCAGGAUUUUGCUUCUUGGAAAAACGGGUGUUGGAAAGAGUGCUUCAGGAAACAGCAUCUUGAGAGGAAAAGUAUUUCGAUCCACAGCUUCUUCUUCCUCUGAAACAUCAGAGUGUCAGAAGGAAACGUCUCUCUUUGAAGGUCAAACACUGGCUGUAGUUGAUACUCCAGGUCUGUAUGAAACUAAACUAACUAAAGAGGAGGUGAAGAGAGAGAUUGUUAGAUGCAUCUCCUUUGCUGCUCCUGGUCCUCAUGUGUUCCUGGUUGUGAUCCAACCAAACAGAUUCACCAAAGAAGAAGAAAAAACUGUGAAAAUCAUUCAGGAGAUAUUUGGUGAACAAGCAGCUGAUUAUACGAUGGCCUUGGUAAUCCAUGAAGAUGAUGUGAAGGAAGAAACCAUAGAAGAAGCAAUCAAGCAUCCAGAUCUCAAAGACUUUAUCAGUCAGUGCCGUGGAGGAUAUCAUGUUUUUAACAGCAGAAACAAGGAUCCCUCUCAGGUCAGAGAGCUGCUGAAGAAAAUCAACACAAUGAUUAAAAGAAAUGGAGGAUGCUGCUACACCACCAAAAUGUUUGAAGAGGCAGAGAAAGCCAUAAAUACAGAGAUGGAACAACUGGAGAUGACAGUAGCUUCAGAGACAGCCAAAGAAGGACGAUACAAAGCAGAAAGAAGGAACAAAUUCACCCUGGGGGAUUGGGAUUCUACUGUUGCUGGAGCUGCUGCUUCUACUGCUGGUGUUGGUGCUGGAAUUGCUGCUGGAGUUGGUGCUGGAAUUGUUGCUGGAGCUGGAAUUAUCGUUCAAGGAGCUCGAGUUGGAGCAGCUGCAGGAGUUGCAGCAGGAAGUGCAGAAGCUGCAGGAGUUGCCGUGGACAUUGCAGUGAGUGUUGCAGUAAAAGCUGCAAUUUUGAAAUGGAAAUUGUGGGAUUGUGUUACACAGUAACACACAGUAAGUAAGAAAUAGUUUUUUUGGGACACCGUGAGAGUUUUUGUUCUACAGUAAUUUUGAUCAUUAAGCAGUAACCUAUUAAGGACAAAUUAUCAUAAAGACAGAAGAAAAUAAUCACAGCAUAGUGUUAUUGUCUUUGUAAUUCUUGUUUUUGCUGAAUAUUUUUGUAUGAAAUCUUUAAUGACAUCAUAGUUUUUAUUACUUUACUGAAUAGGAACAUGUUAAUCAUUACUGAUUAUUAGCUUGUAAUGAAUGAGGGAAUUUUAAAUUCUAGUCUAAAGCAAUUAGUCUGCCAGAUUAUGUACAAUGUGUUUUGAAACUGCAAGUCUAAAAUUUAG